UAGCGGGACGCGCAUAAAUAUUCAAGAUCGCUGUCGCGUUUUUCUCGCGGAAAUUCAAAGCUCGCGCGGGUCAUCCCGCGCUUUUUUGCUCUCCAGACUCUUCCACGAACAAGAGACAAAUACGCGUUAGCCGAAGAAACUGACAAUUUCAGGCUCAACGCCAACAACAAACACAGCCUCGCAAAAUUUUUCCCUUUCGGCAACCCCAACUCAAAAUUCGCACAAGGCAACGUUAUACUUUUCGACCCCAAAAUUUUAAAUGUAUUACUAUAAAGCGUUUCUAAUAAAUUAAAAAAAAAGCACAAAUCGCAACGAUGAACGAACUCGAGGACGAGCCCGAUGACGUGCAAAAGGCGACUCCGGUCGAGGAUGAGCUGAAGAGGGCCGAGAUCGAUAAACUUUCCACCAGGACAAUGGCUGUGCCGAAGGAGGAAACGCAGCCGAGACAUCGCUGCCAAAAAGAACCGGCGAUACAAAAGAUCGACUGCUGCGAGGCAAAAAGGCAGCGGCAGCUCGAGUCUAGGCGGCAAAAAAUCGUGACAAUGUACGUCCACGAAGAACCUUGUAAACUUGUAAAGCAGGAGAUAAUUCCCCGUCACUGCAUGUCCAAAGAGGAGUACAUCGAUUUUCUCGCCAAGCCGAGCGAGAAGUGUCCGUCGCCGUGUGCGAAGAAGCCGGUGAAGAGGAGGGUCAGGGCGAUGUCUCCGAGGAUCGACGAGUUGGCCAAGCCGACGGUGAGGAGGCUGAGGAAUACUCUGGAGGACAGGGCCGACGUUCUGUCGGCUCGGAUGGUCGAUAAUCUCGUCGAGGUGCUCGAGGGAGAGACCGCUUUGACCGCCGAACAAGCCGAGAACUUCGUCAGGGACUUGAGGGCCUCGAAGAAGUCGAGCAAGCCGAAAAAGCGCAAAACCAAAUGCAGAUCAAGUCCCAAACCUCCUCAACCGAUUUUCGAAGGCGGUGAUCCGAUCGACCCGGAGGUAGCCGAUCAUCAGUACAGCAUAGCCAAGCGCUUCGUUCGCAGCAUCCUGAACUUCAAGUGCCCCAUCCCUCGCGAGGAUUACCAGGACAUAUCCGAGACCGUCCUGGAAAUGCUGAGCGAACAGCUCGAGUACACACCGGUCGGUAACGAAGAUCGGAAGUCCAGGCAGAUGAGGAUCUUGGCUGACAGCUUCGCCUGUUGGCUGUCGGGGAUUCUGCUGAGGGUAUCCGAGAAACACAAGGAAGAGCUGGAGGAGGAGUGUCUGAAGAAGAGGCGAGAGAUGGAGGAGUUGGCUGCGAGGGAGGCUAUGAUGCGCGAUGACGCAGACGACGAGGACGAGGGUGACGACGACCUGGACGAGGAUAGGAGCGAAGACGACGACGACGACGAUGACGAGGAGAAGCUUCUCUCCAAGGCCGAAAGCCUUGCCAGGAGUCUGGCGCAGUCCGAAGCCGACGAAGAGGGUGAGGGUGAAGAGGACGAGGGAGACGACAGCAAGACGUACAAGAGCGACGGGGUGAGCAUCGCCGUGGAGGACUCCACCACUCAGUACGAGGAAGCCGACAUCGAGGGCGUGGUGAUGCAGGAACCGGACGAGGACCUGGUUACCGCAGCCAGUCUCAAAGCCCAGAGCGAGGUCAGAACCAUGGCAUUCAGAACUGACCUGACCAGCGAAGCUGAAGAAGACGCGCUGACCCAGGCCAUGUCGGAAGCAGAGAUGACAGCCUUGGACGAGGAGGAGCAGAGCCUCUUGCUGCUGGAAGAAGGAGUCGACGAGCAGCAGCAGACGGAACCCGAGGUGAAGUUCGACGCGGAGACCGAGACCACGGCCGAGCUUCGAACUCUGCGCUCAGAAGUGUCCGCGGCCAAGUCCCGAGAGCAGCGAGAACUCGAGAGGAUAGCCUCCAAGAUGAGCAAAGCCUUCGAGACCGACGUGCCCUUCCUCACCUUCGGCAAACUCGCCGACACCCUGUACACGAUGCUCGAGGCCCACUCGGAGAACAAACUCAGCGAUCCCAUAGACAACCGCCUCCACCGAGCCAUCUACGAGAAGCUGUCCGAGGCCAUCCUUCGCGAGGACCCGUCGCUCCUUACCGAUCGCACCAGGGACGUGGUCGACGUCGUCUCCGGCAAGAUCACCAGCUGGCUCAGGAAGACCCUGGACGAGCAGCAGAUCAAGUUCCUCGACGAGGAAGCGCCGGCCAAGAUCGAGUCCAGGGAGGUGCGCGAGUGGUCCGAGUGGCUGGAGAACCUGACCGACCAGGCCGACAUCUGGUCCAAGUGGAUCGAGAAGGUGACCGGCGAAGCCAAACUCAUGAAGACCAAGGGCAAGGUCACCAGAGGCGCCUGGCAGGACUGGACCAGCAAAUUCGAUAGCAAUGCGCUCAGAUGGAGGGAGACUUACCUGAAGGCCAGGCACCAGGAACACUGGAACACCAUGAUGAUGGCUGAGAGAAAGGUCCUCAAAACCGGGACCAAGAGCCGACCUGCUGCGCUCCAGGAGAAGACCAUCAAGAACACCAACUUCGAAUCGCCCUCGAGGGCUUAGGGGACAGACGUCGUUGCGAGGACAAAAAAAAAAUUGUAAAAUAUGUACGUAGCAUAAACGUUCGCAGUGAGAUAACAAUAAAAAUAGCAAAAUAGAAAGCGA